UAGCCGAUUAUUAGCUGACGCGUAUAUCAGUCACGUGCGCGUUCUCGUCACUUUCGGAAGUUUUCCGGCAAUAGUAAUUUCUCAUCGCGCGCGAAUACCCGCAGUGACGUCUAGGACGACCGUGCUAAAUAUAAACGACGACUAUUUAUAACGAAAUUAAGUUGCACCCGUAUCGUCCGUCGACGUUGUCUCGUGCGCGCUUGCCUGACUGUCGGUAACGUUGAUUAAUCCGCUGUUGACCGACGAGAUUGCUCGUCGCGUUAUACGCAUGUAACGAGGAGUAAUCACGGAGGAGAGAGUCCGGGCAGGAUGUAAUCAUCGAGUGUUUUGCUGGACUGGGCGUGCUGUUUAAUUCACCUCUCGAGCGACGCUCUCUUCCGCGCGCAUUAUCGGCUAUAAUCGUGUGACACGCGCGUAUUUUAAACUAUCUCCGAUAACAUGUCAUUAACGUCUUGGCUGGUGUAUUAACAAACAGUGUCUAAAUUUACAUAGCGAUAACGCGCACUGGAAAAUCGUCUAAACGACCGUAGAAUACGGAAGAUAACGCUCCUAGAGAUAAGCGUGGCUAAGUUUCAGGAAAGAUGGUGGCUGUAUCAGAGAGAGGAUACUUCCAUUGGAUCGAUUGGCUGGUGUUUGCGCUUAUGCUCGUCGUGUCCGCGGCAGCCGGCUUAUGGCACUUCAAAAGGGCGCAAAAGUCGAACACGCAGGACUACUUGCUCGGAGGGAAAAGCUUAGGGCUCUUCCCCGUGUCUGCGUCUCUCGUUGCCAGCUUCAUAUCAGGCGUGACGAUUCUGGGCACUCCAGCGGAGAUCUACAACUUUGGUACACAAUAUUGGAUCACGAUCAUAUCGAUCUUCUUCGCCGGCAUCGUGGUCGCCACCAUUUACCUUCCGGUCUUCACCACCCUGAGGCUUAGCUCCGUUUACGAGUACUUGGAAAUCAGAUUCAGUCGAGCCGUGCGGAUUCUUAUUUCUUUCAUUUUCGUCUUCGACGUGAUACUCUACCAAUCGAUCGUCGUCUACGUCCCCGCGCUGGCUUUGAAUCAAGUGAGCGGUAUCGACAUACAUUUGAUCGGGAUGAUCGUCUGCGCCGUCUGUGUAUUCUAUACUGUUUUGGGCGGUAUUCGAGCGGUGGUCUGGACGGAUGCCCUACAAGUCGGCGUGAUGGUGGCGGCUGUAAUCUCGGUGACCGUUUUGGGAACUUAUCAGAUCGGUGGGAUGUCCGAAGUCUGGAGCAGAGCUGCUAAACUCGAUCGCAUCGAGUUCCUCAACUUCGACCCGUCGCCCUACACCAGGCACACCGUCUGGACGGUGUUGUUCGGCUCUUGGCUGUACUGCGUCGCAUAUAUCUCCGUCAAUCAGACCAUGGUGCAACGAUACAGGUCAUUAGAGAGCACAAGAAUGUCUCAGUGGUCCAUCGCGUUAUUUACCAUCGGCGUAAUGGUGUUUGUCUCGUUGUGCUGUUGGUGUGGACUGGUCCUCCUCGCUUGGUGGUCGCCGCCGAAAUGCGAUCCAAGAGCUUCCGGUUUAAUUACGGCCGACGAUCAACUGCUGCCGGCUUAUGUCAUGGAGAUAGCUCACCAUUUGCACGGGAUACCCGGUCUCUUCGUCGCCGGGAUUUUUGGCGCAGCGCUCAGUUCGUUGUCAGUGGGCCUCAAUUCGACGUCCGUUGUGAUUCUAGAAGACUUUGUGAAGGGUUGCUUCAACAUGAAACCUAGCGAACAAUGUUCCAACAUUUUCGUAAAGGUGCUCGUUGUCGUGCUUGGCCUGAUCGCGUUGAGCUUCAUUUUCCUGGUCGAGAAAUUGGGCGGAGUUUUGUCCGUGACCAACGGUCUGGCCGCUGUCGCCGCCGGUACUUCUUUCGGCGUCUUCACUUUGGGAAUCCUGUUUCCAUGGGCAAAUUCGAAGGGCGCUUUUAUCGGCACCAUCGCUGGAUUUGUGGUAUCCGGCUGGGCCAGUUUCGGGGCGAACGCUGUCAUCGGUUCAGGUGUCCUGAUACCGAAGAAACUACCGGUACCCCUCUCGCACUGCGGAAACAUCAGCCAAGACUUUCUAGAUAUGUUCAAGCAAUCCGACGAUGCGAACGUGUUCCCGAUGUACCGGUUAUCGUAUCAUUGGUUCGCCCCCCUCGGCACGGUGGUGGUGUUGCUGGUAGGCGGAUUGGUCACUUGGAUAACAGGUGCGACAGAUCCCUCGUCCGUUGACAGAUCCUUGCUCUCGCCGGUGAUUCACAGGUGGUUACCGCAACAAAAGUAUUCGAAUGGGAUUAAUGAAUGCUGUCGACAGGCGUCGAGCGAUCAGCAAACGUCGACGGAUUUAUUCCUCACGAAUCUGCGUCGGAAGUCGCAUCCUGACGUCAAGAAAGGAGAAAAUAUAAUCGCAAAUGGAUCGUUAUGACUAACCGAUGGACUAUGUCAUAGUGAAGUGGCCCAAAUCGCGAAAUUCCCGAAUCCUUCCAACAACUUCGCCAUCUUCUUUUCUACAGUUUUUUAUUUUCCACGUGCGCAUUUAUGAUUGCGAAACAGACAACUAUUAGGAAUGUAGAAAAUAAGCGCGUGAACCUCAGACUUCUUCCAUCAUCAAUUAUAACGUGCAAAUUGAACGCGAUCGCGGUUGCACCGAGUUUCUUUUUUCAGAAGCGUCUAGAUAAGAAAUGCAAAGUGAUAUUUUUUAUAUCAGUAUAUAUAUUAGGUGUACAACUUUGCUUCCGCCAUUUUCCUAUAGAUGGCUUUAGCGGUAAGUGGUGGUCGAAAUAAAUAGAUCAUAGACGUCAUACAAUAAACUUGGGCAUCUGUC